GCUCGAAAUUGAAUGACUCGCAGGCCAGGGGCAAUUUUGAGCAGCAUGAUCUGAUGAGGUGAAGCACUUCUUUCUUAGACUUCAUUGAAGUAGGGGCGCAAGGCUGGGAGCUGGCGCGGGCGAUCGCCACCAAAGAUUCCCGUACUCCAGCCUGGCAGGCUGCCACUGACCGUGGAAGAAGGAGCUCUCGUUCUGUUCGCUGGCCUGAGGUACAGGCGUCGAGCAAUGCUUGCUUAUGUGCGAUCGUGGUUUUUGGCGGUGGUUGAAACUCAUGUUUGAAUGGUCCACAAGCAUUUGCAGAACUCCAGCCUGAUCACCAAGCAAACCAAGUUAUGUGCACAUGUGUAGUCCGCCAGCGCCGCUCCUCAAAACAAGCUUUCUCUGACUAUGUUUUCCACCAAUGAGCCUCAAGCAGCUGCUGGGCUCACAGAUAUUCGGAAGGAGAAUGCUCACACUGAAGCACAGAGGCGUCAAUCCGACGGUGGCAGGGGGAAAAAGCUGAAUGCACCUGGCCAUACAUUGGAAGAGAAGAGCAGGUUGUCUCUGAAAAAGGUUGACACACCGAAUGAGGUCCACGCAGAUGUGCUUCUGAAGCAGAACCGGGGGGACGGAGCCGAAAAGCUGGAUGAUGCUUUGCCCCGCUUGGCGCCAGUCAAAAUACCAUCCCUUGGAGCGAAGUGGGAAUAUUACUCUGGAGCUCCUCUCCCUCAAGAACCUCAAUCACCUGACAGUGAAAGGGACUCCGGAGAAUCGGCGCAAGGCCCUACCCUUGGGAAGAAUGCAGGAAAGCCGAGUGUCAUGCGGGCUAAGAGCAUAGCGUCAUCGAUCUCUACUGGGUCAAAUUUCAGUCGCUCGUCCCAAGGGGGGAUUAAGAGGAAGCGGAGCUUGCCCGGUACUCCAGAUCCGAAUGCGGAAGUGAUCGCCCUCUCCCCAAGGACACUGCUCGCCACCAACCGCUUUGUGUGCGAGAUCUGCAACAAGGGCUUCCAGCGCGAUCAGAACCUGCAGCUUCACCGGAGGGGCCACAAUGUCCCUUGGAAGCUUCGCGCCCGUCCCCCCUCCAACUCAUCUGGCAAGCGGGUGUACGUGUGCCCUGAGCCAACAUGCGUGCACCACGAUCCGCGGCGUGCGCUGGGUGAUCUCACCGGGAUCAAGAAGCACUACAGCCGGAAGCAUGGGGAAAAGAGGUGGAAGUGCGACAAAUGUGGGAAGAAGUACGCGGUGGAGGCAGACUGGAAGGCGCACACCAAGACGUGCGGGCCGAAGCAGUACACAUGCGACUGUGGGAGUGUGUUCACAAGGCGCGAGACGUUCGCAACGCACCGCGCCUGCUGCAAGCAUGUCUCCGACAGACUCCAACCCCCCGGCCAUCCCCAGCUCUCGGCCUUUGGCUCAGGUCCAUCCACCCACUCCUUCUCCAACUUCCAGCUCCCCCCCAGCAGCUUCAGCAACUUUGGCCACCGCCCGAUUCUCCCGCGCCGGCUCCCCCCUCCAGCUCCCGUCUUCACUGCUCGAUCCACCCCUGCGACGGUGGCGCACAUCGGUCAGAGCCAUGACGGCACCCCCCUGCUCAUCAGCGUUCCUGCUAGGGUGUCCGGAUCCGGACAGCCGGGGCUAAUGGCGGACAUCAAUCUGGCCGCUCGCAGGGGGCUGAACCGCGAGCCGCUUCAACUGCUGCCCCUCUCAGGGCCAAUGUGGGGCCAGAGGUCGCUUGGGACACCCCCUCCUGCCGCCUCUGCGCCGCUGCCGCCUGCGCUGAACUUGUGGCUGGGCUCGAGACCACCGGCCACUGCGGUCCACCAGAGCCAGCCCCUGCAGCCGCUCGCGAUCCCUGGCAGAGUGGGCGGGGUCAAGCUUGAGAUAGGGGCAAACGGUAACGGUCUUGGGGAGAUGGGCCAGAGCUCAGAGGGGGCAACCUCACCGCUCUCCCUGAGAUAUGCGGAGACCUUCAGCCAGGGACAGCAGACAAUGCUGGUUGCCCCUCAGACUGCCGGACGUGCAGCUUCCCCCCUGCUGCAACCGUUACCAGUGUCGCCGCGGCCAGAGCAGCAAGGUGGGGACGGCGGGAGUGGCUUGGUCAGCGUGCUAGGUGGGGAUCCGCAGGCAGCGCUCCCGUCGGCCGCUGCUGCGGCUGCGGCCGUAGCAGCAGCCAAUGCGGGCCACCAGGUCACGAUCGAAGUCAACCCUGCACCUGGGGAGUCCUUACCUACAGAUCAUUCACCCAGGGAGCAGGUUGCUCCUCCCGAGGGGGGAGCUUACACAGUGCUGGAGCAGCCCCCCGUCGUACAUCCGGGAGCGCCACUAAUGGGGACCAGCCCGGGGGCGCCAGUGGUGCAAAUGUCGGCAGUUGCUCUUCAUGGGGGUGAGGUGGCGGGGAUGGGAAUGAUGGAACAGCAGAGCCAGGGGGGGCAACUUUUGGUCGCGGCAGCCCAGGUCGGCGGUGGUGAUCAGGCGAUGCUCUUGGAUGCACAGCGGCCAGGGGGAGAGGGGAGCCCUAUGCUGGUCGGGGGCGGACAGGUGGUGGAGACCAACCAGGAGGAUGUGCUGUGGGCUAAGAUGCACGUCGACGAGCAGCAGAAGGCCCAGCAAGCAGCCCAGCAAGCUCAGGCGCAGGCGCAGGCCCAGCAGUCCAUGCAGCACCAGAUGGCCGUUCAACAAGCCCAGCAACAAGGCCUCCAAAUGGCCAUCCACCAGGCCGGCAUCCAGCUGGCGGCUGCGCAACAGGCCCAACAACAGGGCCUGCAAAUGGGGGGCCAAGUCGACCUCCAGCAGAGCCUCCACAUUAGCCUGGACGCCCCCCCCUCGCAGGUGGCCGUUCCUGGGGGGGUUCCCGUGGGGCUGCCGCCGCCCUCCCAGCAGAUGGUGGCAACGCAGCAGGAGAUGCUGACGCAUGCGCAGGAGGCGGAGCAGCAGCUGGCGGCGCAACAGGGCCUCUUGAACCUGCAGGCUGUGUCGCAGCAAAUGGGCCUCUCGGCGGUGCCCCCACUGCAGCGGCUGAGCCCGGGCCUGCCCUCGAUGGCCGCACUCCACCCUCCUCCGGGGGCCGAACUGCUUCCGGGGCUCCAGCAGCCUGCCACGUCGCCCCGGUCACUUUUGGCUGCGCUCCCGUCAGGAAGCGCGAACACGACUGCGCAGGGGGGGGCCGCGGACGAGGGGAAGAAGGCGGACAUGAUGCAAGAAGCGAUCAGCGCCGCCGCGCGGGGGAGCACCCAGAAGCUGAACGAGCUGAUCGAGCAGGAGGCGCAGAAGCAGCAGCACGCGCUUGCGCUGGCGCAGGCCACGGAGCAGCACCAGCACGGGGGGACAGCGCCAGUCCUGGCUCCACCGAGCGUUGUGCUUGUCGAGGGGGGGAGUCCGAACGUGCUUCCCGAGGGCUUCGUGGACCCCCAGGCGUUUGGCACUCCGAGUGCGGGGCAGUUUUUUGCGACGGUGACGCCCCAGACGGGGCUGACGGGGCUCGGAAGUGUGCCGCAGGGGGGAAUGGCAGCUCAAGUGGUGGGCUCAUCCAUUCUGGGGGGGUCGAUGGGUGGGGGGCAGCUUGAUAUGAACCGGGCGAACCUCUCCCCCCGCGAGGGUGAGCAGUUGCUGCGGAGCCUGUCACGCCAGCAUUUGAGUGAGCUCGCUGCGGCGGGCAUGGGGGGGGUCCUCGAUGUGGGGGGGGCGUUGAACAGCGUCGGAAACCAGCUGACGAUGCUGCAGAGCGUGGAGGAGGGAGCGAUGCACGCGGAGCGAGGCCGGCAGGAGGCGCUGGCUACGGAGCAGCUGCAUUCGCACCAGUCCGUUGCGAGCAUGGUGGCCUCGCAGCGCACGCAGGCCGACCUGCAGCAGCACUCGCACGUGAUGGGAGGGCUGUACCGUGAGCAGGAUUCGCUGACGCAAGCAUCCUUGGUUGGAGAUUCUUUGGGGCGCGACAAUGAGCACCCACCUAGUUAGGACUGCGGACUAACCUUUUCAGUGUCUACUGUGUAUUAUAUUUACGGGGUCGGUGGGAGUGUGUGGGAGGUUCGACCGUGGGGGUCGACAAUUUCGGAUUGGGCUGAACAGCUUUUCGUGUAUGUUCUGUGAAAGCAGUGCUUCUAGUUUACGUUCGGCGGGUAGACUUAUCGCCGCUCCCCUUGGGGCAUAGCCGAGUAGGUUAGGUUUUGCUUGGGUUUCGUUCAUCGCAAUGCUUAGUGCAAGCACCAGGGGCGGCUCUACUAUCUCUACACGCACGUAUCUACUAGCGUCCAAAUGCUUAUCCUUUCUAAAGGGAUACUCGCGAUUUGGAGGCUGAGGUUAGUAGCCAAGCAUAAGCGCUUUGCAAGGAUUCAAGUGUCAAACUCGUAACUGCUGGUUUGCCGCCCUAAAGGGUGGCUUACUAUUGCCCGCCAAAGGGCUGUAGUGUACCAUAGAAGGAUCGACGAUGGAUGCACUCGUAAGUGGAGUGACCGUUGGUCAGACGAUUUCGUGUCAAACUGCAAUGACGAGUAGCUCUAGACGUUGUGAAGGUUACUAUGAAACUUUAUCCGAUUUUUUUGGUAGCGUAGAGUGAUAAGAAGGGGGUAAGGGGCAAGCUUAUCUGGGGCUGCUCUGCAUUUCCUUAUUGGCUGGACUCAAAUUUUCAAAAGGACAUAAAAAUUGCAUUGAUUGAUGCUAGGCUGUCAUUUCCCCCUGUACACGUGCACGUUCAGAUCUCUAUUGAAAUUGUGCGCCGAUUGUUGGAUUGAGC